CUUCGGUGUGCAGACAUUCUUGACAGCUCUGCCAUGCAUUCUGGCACUGGGGUUGUACUUACUGUACGUCUACAAAAGCAACCAAAGUACAUGUUGUAGGCUGCGCUGUUCUCUGGAAUUGAAGUGGAAGUCAAGACAAACCAGUUUCCGUCUCUACGUUGCGAGCAUGAAAAACACACCCUUGUUAAACAGAGUUCCACACAACUGACUGGCCAGUCAGUUAACCCAGUGCUUCCUAUGCAGCAAAUGAUUCAGACAAAAAAAAAUAUGUGGUAUGAAUCUCAGGCUUGUGCUGAAUGCAUUGUUUUAUUGGUGAGGACUAUGAAUACAGAGACAGAAUAAGAGAUCAGGAAUGAGGUCAGAAAAGAGAUUCAGAGUGGAACAGAGAGGAGAGGGAAAGUUUGAGGGCUUAUCUCAGUAAUGUGCAGGGACAGUUGAGCAAUGAUGAGUGUUGCAGUCACCACUGUCUUGUCCUUAACCCUUCACUACCUCCUCUGGCAGUGCCCUCAUUAUUGCUUAGUCUUCUUUCUAAGGGAACCAACAGAAAAAAAAACAUAUGGAAAUUUCAGCUGUUACACACCUUUGUAAGUGUGACAUGUAAAUUAAAGACUCGGAAUGAACAUGCCCCAUCCCGCCCGGCCUGUUUGCGAUAUCCAUCAGUAGUCAUCACUCUGGGAUGAAUACCAUUCACAUUAAUGAGUGAGACCUUUACGGCUCGGGCUCUAUUGAGGUUUAUUUAAAUCUCUUGAACGCAGCCUUCCAGCUUUUCUCUGCUCGCCAGACCAGUGCGCCUGCGCUCUGCUGACACUCCAGUAAUCCGCUGUUAGGAGGAGAUUGCAUCCCCGUCCACUGCGCUCAGGCUAUCAGCGAGGGAGAAUUAAAGCCCGUGGAAGAACAUAUAACGGGGGAAAAAUGGGAGAAUAAGGACGUAUAAUGGGUGGAUAACGCACCUAAACGGAACCGUUGAAUACAGGCGUUCUGGGAUGGAGCAGUUCAACAUUGUGAGCGGUCUCACAUCCAAGGCGACAACGGGACUGGAGCGAGGAUGUCCCUAAUGUAAGACAAACAAGGCUCAGCAUCUAACAGUCCAAACGCUGGAAAUAUGAGAUGAACCCGGCGGAGGAUGGUGAAAUUUUGCGAUUGAAUGCUCCUUCCUGGACGAGACCUCCUCGGCUUAUUUCCACGUUUCCCUGGCCUCUGUACCGCUGUGUGGACACAGACCACAUUUUCUUAUUCAAGUAAUGCUUUGCAGUGCUGUUAAUAGGCUAAACCGAAAGCCCAUAUAUACGUUCAUUAUCAGCGGUCAAUUACUGUAUAACAUUCACCGAACCUGGGGAGCUGUAGUAUAGAUUUAAACCCAUGUGAUCCCUGCGUUGGUGCCGUGAUAAUCAGCUAAUACAAGAUAAAUCAAAGCUAAAGCAAAGCACGGAAUAUAUCUGUCCUAAGACUUUAGCCUCAAAGCUUUACAAGCUAUCGAUACUAGUCAAAAUGCAAAUGUGGUUGCUCCUCCUUGACAGAUCCGCAGGAAUGAUACUUGUUUCCCCUCAGCUGCUCCGCCUGUAGAGACUUGCUAUGACAGGCUGGCGAGUCCACAUAAAUCCAAGAGCAAGUUGAUGAACUAGACUGGGCGGCCUCGGCGGUGGGAUCAGACAGAAAUUAAGCUGUGUCUCUCGGACAGCGGAAACUAGGAUCAUCUCCCGUCCUUGAGUUGGCAGAGCAAAAGCAAACGCAAGAGGAACGGAACAUUCCUCUCGGGUAUUUAGUCGGAUUUUACACAGGACUUGAAGCUGAGCUGUAAACAUUUCCACGUUUAAGAGAGCAACUCCUUUCAUCAAUUACACAUAAACACCUCCCUGCAUCCGGGUUUUCUCUUCAGAUUAAAUGCUGAAGUUCAUGUGAGUUCUUCUGUUGUUUUUAUGUUGAAAUCCAAAAUUCUGCAAAUACCAGAAGUGACCUCAUCAUUGUAAAAAAUAGCCCUUUCCAGCAUGAGGGUUUUAUCCACCAGGAAGAAAUGCAGCUGGGGUGUUUUACUUAUAAACCUCCACAGCAGCUGUUAGUCAGACUGGAUGUCUGAAAGAUGAGACUUGGAUGUUAGCAUACUUGUAGGUUUGCCAACACCCCUCUGAAGAAAUGCAAUGCAUUGAUUUUCUCCAUUGCCCACACCGUAAAUAACUCUGCGAAUAUAUUUUGAAUGACUUUUUUUCCAGCAAGUUCCAUGCCACUAUUGAUCAGCACCAGCUGUCUUUAUGGACCUUGAUGUUACUGUGAUAUCCCGGAUGCGCCCCCCCCCCCCCCAACACACACACACUCACCCCUACUUGAACAUUACGUUUCCCGCAGGUGUGUUGUAUGGCUGCUGAGAUGCUGAAAGACGGCGAACGACAUGUUUACUUCCCUACGCACCUUUUCCUGCUUUUGCCGAGCUUGUGAGCACGUGCGAAGGAAAGUGGAACCAGGCAUGAGACUGCACAGGCUGGGGAGAUGUGUCAGAAGGAACACAGGAAUUAUGAGUGGCAAUAUGGGAGAUGUGGUGCAAAGUGCUUCAGGCUUAAAGUCUACAAGAGACAGAAUUACAAGCCUUUGCUGUGAGAAAAUUGUAUUUUCUCCUCUCUGAGACCAACUGCUGAAUUGGAAUCAGCACCCCACACAUCAAAUUAUUAUUUGAAUUGAGAACUUCUUCCCCCUGUGCGCUGUAGGAAACCCACCCUGAUCUGCAUACUUGGCCACCUGCAAGUUGCACUCAUUUUAUGAGAACCCUUAUCUUUGCUUCCCUCUUUCUGUGGUUUUUUAUUUGUUUUUGCUCUGACGCCCUCAGAGUUCUUUUGCGGGAGGAAAGUCUUCCUAUUUGAAGCAGAAAUGUGUCAACAGGAAGUUUACAGCAAAUAAAAACCCAUGAUAAGGCUUGCUGAUGUAGUCCAAACAACCCCUGUAGUAUCUACCCAAUCAGUGUGUCUCACUGAAUACAGCUGUGGAUCCCUUGGCAACUUUUGUGCUCUCGCGACAAACAAAACAAACAGAUCUCUCUAUUCAGAGUGCAUCCAGAGACUAAUUUCCUAUCGCUGUGGCGAUGGGGAGCUCAGCCUCGUCUCUCACUGCAGAGACAGAGUCGGACCAUGGCUUUCGCAGCACCCCUUACCCGUCAUCACCCCCUGUGGGCUGGCUCAGGAACAGCCACAGCAGCCCGGUGUGGGGCACCACCUUCAUCACACGUCAGCAGCAGCACCCACUUCCUCACCGAGAGCGCAGCCACUCUCACUCCCCUGGCUCCAUGGCAGCAGCAGUGCGAGGCAGUGAGUGGUCAUGUGGACGCUGCACCUACUUAAAUGUCGGCGCAGCACCUCGCUGUUCCAUUUGUGAGGCACCGCGCCAGAAGCCUGACCUUAACCAGAUCCUGCGGCUGAGCAGCACUGAGGAGCAUCGCUGGGCCUGCCCCCGCUGUACCCUCAACAAUCCCCAGGGAUCUGGAGCCUGCACUGUCUGUGGUUUCGGACCUUCGCCUGCCACUCACACACCCCCUACCACCACCAUAGCUGCCACUGCCAACGGUCUCCCUUCUGCUCCGAACGAACCUGCAACACCCGCUGUCACCCCCACAGUUCUGCUCGAGCCCCACGGACAGCAUCCGGCCAAGGAGGAAGUGCUACGACGGUCUGAGAGCAAUGGAGAGGUGGGCAGCCUGGAGGGGCAGCACUCGGGCUGGGCUUGCCCUCGCUGCACCCUCCUCAACACACCCGUGGCUCUGUCGUGCUCAGCCUGCGGUGGGCCCAGGAAACUGUCUUUGCCUAAAAUCCCCCCAGAGGCUCUUGUGGUGCCUGAGGUGCGCACCCCUGUGCUGGGAUUUCCUGCUCACACAGCAGGAGCUGCCCCACUACUUAUAGACCUAACAGAUGACUCUCCCCCAGCCCCUCCUUCUGAUCCUCAAGAACCUCCCCAUGUCUCCGCACAGUCCCUCUCCUCCCCGUUUGCCUCUUUCUCCUCCCUCCAGAACAACCCUGUUCCCCGCAGCAGGAGGGAGGUGCCCCCCCCAGGGCGCCCGCCAAACACAGGUACCAACACUCCCAGUCCCACUUCACCUUCAACGGCCAGUGUGCCACCCCAGCCAGGCCCGCAGCGGCCAGCCAAGCCCAAACAUGCCCAACCCCAGGAACCUUCGUACCCUAGCAAGCGCCUCAGUAUCUUGGAGGAAGAAGACCCUCAGCAUCACCCGCUGAACCCCCACCUGCCUGUUGCUUCCUCAGCAGCCUCCACCUGGAAGUGCCCUAGUUGCUCAUUGCCCAACCCAGGUAGCUCCUCUAAGUGCGAGGCCUGCCGAUCAUCGCGGGCUGGCGCUGACCUCAUUGAUCUUGUGGGCUGCGAGACAGUACGAUUUACCCCAGCCAGCCCCUCCAGCCCGGACUUUAGCACCUGGGCCUGCUCCAAGUGCACGCUGCGCAACCCUACUGGGGCCCCCAAGUGCUCAGCCUGUGGUUCUUCCAAACUGCAUGGCUUUCAGGAGCAGCAGGUGCCCCUGUCCCGCUGCUGUACACACUGUGGCCUCCCGUCGGGGUCCAGUACCGCAUCCUGCUCCUGCACACCUUCCUCCUCUUCAUCCUCCUCAGGUCAUAAAACACGGAAACAGACCCGGGGCUACCCUCCCUCCUCCUCUGCUAUUUCUUCCAAUUCCUCCACCUCAUCAAGCCUUCAAGAAAAGGCCGGGCAGUGGGGCUGCCCGGCAUGUACGCUGCUCAAUGACGUCAAGGCCAAGAACUGUGGAGCGUGCCACACACCCCAGCAGUACCUCACCCUUCGCAAAGUGGUGAAGCCUCUGAAGAGGAGAGAGAGCAUGCAUGUGGAGGCCCGUCGACGAAAUGAUGAGGGCGAGGCCAAGGAGCUCUGGGAGAACAUAGUCAGCUUCUGCAGAGAGAACGCUGUGAACUUUGUGGAUGACAGUUUCCCCCCGGGACCACGCUCCGUGGGCUUCCCAGAGGGUGACAGCGUCCAGCAGCGAAUCAAAAAGUGGCUGCGCCCCCACGAGAUCAACUGCAGCAACUUCAAAGACCGAGGCGUGAAGUGGUCCGUCUUCCGCACGCCGCGGCCCUCCGACAUCCUGCAGGGUCUGCUCGGAAACUGCUGGUUCCUGAGCGCGCUGGCGGUGCUGGCAGAGCGUCCAGAGCUGGUGGAGAGGGUGAUGAUCACCCGGACCAUCUGCCCGGAAGGGGCCUACCAGGUCCGGUUAUGUAAAGACGGGACAUGGACGACAGUACUGGUGGACGACAUGCUGCCCUGCGAUGAUUACGGCUACCUCCUCUUCUCCCAGGCCCAGAGGAAGCAGCUGUGGGUGGCACUAAUUGAGAAGGCCCUGGCCAAACUCCACGGCUCCUACUUCGCCCUGCAGGCGGGGCGCGCCAUCGAGGGCCUGGCCACGCUGACAGGGGCUCCCUGCGACUCCCUCAUGCUCCAGGUCAGCUCCACCAACCCCCGGGAGGAACCCAUCGAUACGGACCUCAUUUGGGCUAAGAUGCUCAGCUCUAAGGAGGCAGGGUUUCUGAUGGGUGCAUCUUGUGGAGGAGGCAACAUGAAGGUGGAUGACGUCGUCUACGAGUCUCUGGGUCUGCGGCCUCGACAUGCGUAUUCCAUCUUGGACGUACGGGAUGUCCAGGGUUACAGGUUGCUGCGGCUGCGUAACCCGUGGGGUCGCUUCUCAUGGAAUGGCAGCUGGUCGGACGAGUGGACAGACUGGCCGCAACACCUGCGUCAUGAGCUGAUGGCUCAUGGCAGCAGCGAGGGGGUCUUCUGGAUGGAGUACACCGACUUCAUAAAGUACUUUGACUCGGUUGACAUCUGUAAGAUCCACUCAGACUGGCAGGAGGUGAGGCUACAGGGCUGCUUCCCCAGCAAGGCCAGCGGGCCAGUCACCGUUACAGCCCUCACCGUGCUGGAGAGGACAGCGCUGGAGUUCGCUCUCUUCCAGGAAGGAAGCAGACGUUCAGACACGGCUGACAGCCACCUGCUGGACCUGUGCAUCAUGGUGUUUCGCGCGUCCUUCGGCAACGGCAACAAGCUGACCCUGGGCCGCCUGCUGGCCCACAGCAAGCGGGCGGUGAAGAAGUUUGUCGGCUGCGAUGUGAUGCUGGAGCCGGGAGAGUACGCCGUCGUCUGCUGCGCCUUCAACCACUGGCAGAUGAAUGUCAGCGGGACAGGAGGUCCAGCCACACCCAUCUCAAGCCCUACCAGCGGAGCAGCGCGGCGGCCCAGCCAGGACUUCCCGGGCUACAUCCUUGCCAUCUAUAGCUCCAGGCAGGUGAUGGUGGAGCAGGUGGAGGCGACCGCCACCACGUUGGCCGACGCCAUCAUCCUCCUUACAGAAAACAAAGGGGAAAGACACGAGGGCCGUGAAGGCAUGACAUGCUACUACCUGACCCACGGCUGGGCGGGGCUUAUCGUGGUGGUGGAAAACCGCCACCCUAAAUACUACCUCCACGUCUCCUGCGACUGCACUGACAGCUUCAAUGUGGUGUCAACACGCGGCAGCCUCAAGACCAUCGACAGCGUACCGCCUUUGCACAGGCAGGUGCUGGUGGUGCUCUCACAGCUGGAAGGAAAUGCUGGCUUUUCUAUCACACACCGCCUGGCUCACCGCAAGGCCGCCCAAGCCUCUUUGGGAGACUGGACCCCGACUAAAGCCACCCACAGCCCGCAGCUCACCCCAGACACUGAUGGCCUGCACCGGCCCAGGCCACUAUGACCACCGCCCACUUUGUCCCUGUACACACACAGACUCUAAUAAUCCCAUGAACUGUCAGACCACUGGAAAACCAGGCCGUGUGGCGGGCAAGUGGUGUGCACAGCCCCAAGACAUAGAGAAAAGAUGUGUUUGGAUGAACACACACCUGAAUGUAUAGCAUGAAUGGGCAGCAUUUAUGUGCUCUCCUCCCAAUGCUCCAUAAAUGCUGAAGUUUUCAUCCGGCCCUCACACACUCUAUCCCUUGCCAAGUGGAUGUGCCACGUCAGGAUGAAAUGAGGGAAGCAGGCCACGCCGAGUGACCAAGACGCACUCACAAAACGAUUAUUCACCCUAACAGGAUCUGGUUCAGACUUUUUUUUCUUUCUUUUUUGUACAAGCGCUGUAUGUGGAACAGAUGUCAGCCCUCGGUUUCAUAUGCUUACAGGAGACGACCCUGCUUCCAAUGAGCUUCAAAAAAAGCCAGGGUGGAGUGCUGUAACUACUGAGCCAUUUUGCUGGCCCACAACCAAUGAGCCAAUCACCUGCAAUGAUCGGACACUUCCCUCCCCACCCGCCCACCCUUUCUCUGACCCUCCAUGUUGUGCACAAAGUCAGCUAAUGAAGCAGGACGAUUUGGAGGGGCGGGGGGGUUAUCUCACCCAGCCCUCAAUACGGUACUCAAUGAGCCAAACCCAGCUUCUACUUUUACUCAUAGUCAUACAUGUUUUCUUUUUUUUACAAUACAUAUAUACAGUACACUUGUCAGUAUCAGUCUUACUUGUUUUAUACAUGACCGUCAUUGCUGUCUUGUCCAAUGUUUGUGCGUUUGACGUUAUAGAAAAAGCCAUCAUCCAUACAGUACUGUGCUUCUCCACUCUCAUCAUCACCGCAGUGCUGUCUAGCGCUCUCUAGCUCAGGACCAAACUCAUGAUUUGUAUAGGAAGCUGGAGUCAAGCGAAAACCUCAAGCUGGUUCAGUGACAGGUGUAUAGUAGCUGGAAUAAUAUCUUUAUGUAUCUCUGUUGUUCAUAAACACUUACUGGCUAGGCUAACAUACAAUUUUGGCUUUUUUUUCCCUACAGAAAAACAACCACUGUACCUCUUUUUUUUUCUUUCACUUACUUGUUUUUCAGUCCUUUUCACUCAGUCACAGUGUGGGGUCUAAAUGCAGGAGGUGAGUCAUUACAUGACUAGCUUUGUAGUUCAUCCCUCAGGCACGCUGCCCCUUCUCCUCCAGUUCAGCAGUCAGUUUAUAUCUGAAGAUACUAGACAUUAUACAGAGUGAAUAAAUGCUGCAUCUCGCACUCUUGGAUUGCGACACCUCAGAUUUGGUGUCUGAUCCCUUUUUGGUACAGAAGGUCAGUGAGUAUUCGUCUGUUUCUCGCACUCCAGCAGUUUGCCGUUAUGUUGCUUUACACUGUAGUGUACUUAGGAGUGCUAAAGGAGCUAGUGGCUGUUUGAACUGUCAGUUUGCCAUAGGGGAGCUCUUAAGUGGAGCUGCCGAGUUUACUCUGGGAGGUCAGGGACCACUUUUGUUUGCUUGGGUGUAGCGCGAGCAUCUGGGCCACCCUCCCACAAGGAUACACCGACAGCACAUUAGCGACGGCACGGAGUCCUCGUGUAAUAACAAAUUACCAUUUUGUCAGAGUGCGUGCACACAUAACAAGAGAGAGAAGGGACCCCCUGAGACACGUUAUGACACAGAAAAUAGUUUAGUUCUCUCCGAGUUUUUUCGGCUGCGUCAUUUCAAAGGAUGAUUCGCCCACAGCUGUCUGACGCAGGUCCUCUUCUUGGGGCCCUCACCUUCAUGUUGUUUCCAAUUUCUCCACCGUCAAAGCCAUUACUCCUCGUUCACUAAGGAUCUUUCAGCCCUCACCAUGGCAACAUAGAUGUUUUAUCAGAGAGGGGGGGAGACUAAUGCGGUACUAUAGUAACAGGGUGAAGUGGGAGAGAUUUUUUUUUCCAAGUCAAAGUUGAUGUCUCACUAUUGUGUAGUGAAAUGGGAAAAAACUUGAAAGCUGAAAAACAAAAUCCCUGGAGGACUUAUACAAAGAAUGAUUGCUCAGGACUUAAGCUCACAGACCUUGAGUUAAACAAGUGCUGAAACGCAAAUCAUCUCAUGAGAGUCCUCCCUUUUUGUCAGUAUCGUCGGGUUUGAUGGCAGCACUGCGUUUUAACUUUACUCUGCACAACCACAUCUACCGUCGCUGGUAGGCUGAACCCCACAUCUUCAGGACCGUUUGUCAGAGAGCUACUACAGCGAUGUAAACAUUACUUUAGAGAAACCUGAAGCUGAAGUAACUGUAAAUAUGUUUUCCAAAGAAACAUAAGGUGUAAUGACCACUUUCAGAUGUCUUGUUCGCCCUAUGAGUGUGAGUGCGUGCGUGCGUGCGUCGUCGCAGCCGAGCAGCUGUGAAAUAUAACGUCUAAUUUAUUGUAUAAGUGGUUUGCAGGCCUGUUGUCUAUUGAGUACUGUUGAUUACUGAGCUGAUGAAUGACAGAUAAAGGAAUGUGAUAAUUUAAGGCUUCAGUUUGAGCCCUGGAGGGAUUAGCUUGACGAGAAAUGAACCUGCACUGAAACACCUGCAAAGAAAAAGGCACCUCAAAAAUUCAGUGUCACCGCUGGAUCACUUUACAUUUACAUGAGAUUGAUUUUCUCUCUCUCUCUGUCUCUCUCUUUUUUUUUUUUUUAAAUACUUGUUUUUGUCAUAAUUGUCAUUUAUGGCUCUUGCUUGUGUCCUUCCUAAGUUGUGUUGUGGGGACUCUUCUGUGCUUCGGGGGCGCCCCCUGCUGCUGAAGAGGCUGCAGCCUGGGGGGCCGGGGGGUGGGAUAAAAACUGGCUCCUCAACAGAGCAACCAACACAACGCCUUUUCUCUCUUCUCCUUUGUCUGGUCUCCUCCUUGUAAAUUGUACAGACUGCAAACAUAAGCCACACAAAAGAUUUUAAAAAAGACAAAAAAAAUUAUAUCUGACCCUUUUAAACUUGUAAAAAAAAAUAAUGAAAGUAUGAUAGUAGAAACAAAAAAAGAAACCUAAUGCUGAAAAAAUGGAUCUCUGAUGAAUGUGAGAUAUAUUUUAUUGAUCUUUUCUGGGGGAGGGAUAUGAGUAUAUGUGUACAAACAUAUGUAUGUUUAAUUUUCAAUCUCAGGUUCCGAUGGACCAAAUAAAUUUUUUUAAAUUAAAAA